AUGUACUUGACCAAAAAACUGGGCAAAAAAUCGAAAGGUUCUGAUAAAACAUACUACGCUGCGGUUGAAGAACCAUGCACAAAUUAUAUUGUACAAUUCGGUGCUCCGCAUGAUAUCUUUUCAUCAACUUGCAAGAUUCUUAAGGCAAAGCUAUUUGUUGAUGGGCAAUGGGAUCACACUUGCAUGCAACUUCAACAAUCGAGAGUCAAAGCGAGUAAAGAUGGAUUUUUCGAUGAACAACGAUAUAAAAAUUUGUUUAAAUUUGAUGUCACAAAUUGGAUAGAUGACGAUUCUAGGGGAGAUGCCCAAUUUGCAAAAUCAAAAUUUGGAGGAAUUGGAGCCAUCUCCGUUUACUUUUAUAAAGCUAAAGGUUUGGAGAAAGUUGAAAGAAUAAUUAGUAAUAACAAAGAUAGAAUACAAAAAGUACAAGUUCUUGAAUCAACUGGAAUUGGAAUGGGGAUAAAACUUUCUACAGGCUUUGAAAAAAGUCAAAACGUCAAAGUGGCCUCGAACAAAAUGUUAAGUAGUUUAUCAACAAUACCGGUGGCCGCUUUACACAUUCAUUAUCGACCAGAAAGUUGGCUACGUGCGAGAAGUAUUCUUUUUGAUGACAUCCAGAUAAAGAGCGAAAUAGGUAUUGGGGAUGAAUUCAAAAAUAUCAAGAAUGAGAGUGUGAUUAAGCAGGAGUAUGAGGAAAUUAAGUCUAAAGACAAUAAUGAGGGGUGCAAGAUUUUAGUUAAAAGAGAAUUCGCAAGUAUUGAAGAAAGAAAACAGGAAUAUGAUGGUAUAAAGUCAGACAUAAUAAAGAAACGAUUCAAAGAAGAUGCGAAGCCUGAAAAAGAUUAUUUGAGAAAUGAAUUAAAGCAGUACAAAACAUUAUCGGUAGCGAAACAUGAUAUAGAUGUAAUAUUGCUGAAACAAAGAAGAUUAGAACGUGAAAAUGGCGUUAAAAAUCAUACCUUGUUAAAAUUAAAGAGAUAA